AUGCCGCUGCCGAAGCGCUGCGUGGAGCCGGUGCACGUGUCGCGCGGGACCGUGCCCGAGCGCCUCGCGGUGCCCUCCGAGCUCGAGGCGGUCACGAACGGGACCCUCGCCAAUACUGUCAGACAACUUUCGUCAUUGUCCAAACAUGCCGAGGACAUGUUCGGCGAGUUGACGCGGGAGGCAACUAGUUUGGCAGAAAGGACGAAUGCAUUGCAGGCCAGGAUCGAUAGGCUUGCUAUAAAGGUCACACAACUGGAUUCGACUGUAGAAGAAGUGUCUCUCCAAGAUAUCCAAAUGAGAAAAGCAUUCCGGUCGUCUCAGACGUUUGAGCAACAACUUUUCUCUCGGAAAACGAUGCCAUCUGCGAUGCUUGCUACAUACGUGCGUUGUGACCGCCCUCCGCCUCUUGAACGACUCAAUGAGUUUAGGGACGAUGGCAGAGACGCCAGGAAGUUCUAUACAGACCCUGAUUACUUCUUCGAGCUCUGGCGUAGGGAGAUGCUUCAAGACACUGAGAGGAUCCAGCACGAUAGGGGAAAGAAGGUCCGGCAGCCGCGCAGUGGUGGCGCAGACGGGCGCGGCGCGAGGCGCGUGCGCGUGCCGCACUCCACCCGCGACCGGCAGAAGGCCGAGGUGCUGACGCGCGGCGAGCACCUCAUGGCGCCCGCGCAGCUGCGCCGCUACAACAUCGACACCUACCGCCCCGACCCGCUCUACCAGGCGACCACACUGCCGGACGGCGGGUAUCGCGCGCCACAGAGUCGGCCACCAUCCUCUCAGCCGGCACGCCCUAAUUCUAUCGAGAUUGAAAACCAGACCAGAACACCUCGCCUCACUGGAAACGGACAUGUGAUGGGAGAAGAGAGUCCGUACGGGCCCAUCGAGCCGAUCUACGGCGGCAGUAUCGCCGGCACCCCGCGGCGCGCGCGGCCCUCCGUCCCGCCGCCCGCGCCCCCCGCGCCGCUGCCAGACUCGCCCCCGCACCACACGCCCACGAGGUCUACCCUGCCGCCGCCUCCACCGCCUCCGGAAGGGUCUCCGCCCCCCGUGCUCAAUGGCGCUUCGCCCCCACAUCGCACGGCGCUGGACGCUCAUCUCGACCAGAUGCAUGCCGUCAUAGGCCUGAUGUCGUCGGAGGCCGCGGCGCCGCCCGCGCCCGCGCCGCCGCCCGCGCCGCCCGCGCCGCCGCCGCCCGGCUCGCCGCGCCCGCGCCCGCCCUCGCCCGCGGCGCUGCUGCGCGGCGCGUCCGCACUCAAGCCGCCGCGCCCCGCCGCCGACCCCGCGCCCGACCCGCGCUCCGACCUGCUCAAGGCGAUACGAGAAGGGAUAAAACUUCGUAAAGUCGAGAAGCGUUGCGAGGAAAACACCGGCAAGUACGACACGCUCCGCGGGGUGCCUGCUUUACACGAUGUGGCGUCCAUACUGGCGCGUCGUGUUGCCGUGGAGCAGAGCGACACUAGCUCCGGUAACGACAGCGACUCCGACGACUCCGAUCAGUGGACUGACUCCCGCGCGUGACGUCGCGCCUCGCCGC